GGGCAGGGAUGCAUCAUGGCCACGCUGGCUUGUCGCGUGCAGUUCUUGGACGACACCGAUCCUUUCAACAGUACCAACUUCCCAGAGCCCAGCCGGCCACCGCUGUUCACAUUCCGCGAGGACCUGGCUCUGGGCACCCAGCUGGCUGGGGUCCAUCGGCUGCUGCGGGCACCGCACAAGCUCGAUGACUGUACCCUGCAGCUGUCCCACAAUGGUGCUUACCUGGAUCUGGAGGCCACACUGGCGGAACAGCGGGAUGAGCUGGAAGGCUUCCAGGAUGACACAGGGCGGGGCAAGAAGAACAGCAUUAUUCUGAGGACACAGCUGUCUGUGAGGGUCCAUGCCUGCAUUGAAAAACUGUACAACUCCAGUGGCCGUGAUCUAAGAAGGGCCCUUUUCUCGCUGAAGCAGAUAUUUCAGGAUGACAAGGAUUUGGUGCAUGAGUUUGUCAUGGCUGAAGGUCUGACGUGUUUGAUCAAGGUGGGAGCUGAGGCGGACCAGAACUAUCAGAACUACAUCCUGAGGGCACUGGGGCAGAUUAUGUUGUAUGUUGAUGGGAUGAAUGGAGUCAUCAACCACAGUGAGACCAUCCAGUGGCUUUACACUCUUGUUGGGUCAAAGUUCCGCCUGGUGGUGAAGACGGCCCUGAAACUUCUGCUCGUCUUCGUGGAGUACUCUGAGUCCAAUGCACCCCUCCUCAUUCAGGCUGUGUCUGCUGUUGACACCAAAAGAGGCAUCAAACCCUGGUCCAACAUCAUGGAAAUCCUGGAGGAAAAAGAUGGAGUGGACACGGAGCUAUUGGUUUAUGCAAUGACUCUAGUAAACAAGACCUUGGCAGGACUGCCAGAUCAAGACACUUUCUAUGACGUGGUGGACUGCUUGGAGGAGCUGGGCAUCGCCGCUGUGGCCCAGAGGCACUUGAACAAGAAAGGGACAGACCUGGACUUGCUGGAGCAGUUUAACAUCUAUGAGGUGGCACUCAGGCAUGAAGACGGUGAUGAGACAGCUGAGCCACCGCCCAGUGGGCACCGGGACCGGAGGAGGGCCAGCAUGUGUUCUGGUGGCAGUGUGGGUGAGCACCAGGGCCUUGACCGUAGGAGGAGCCGGAGACACUCCAUCCAGAAUAUCAAGAGCCCACUGUCAGCUCCCACCAGCCCCUGCUCCCAGUCGGUUCCCGCCUUCAAACCCAGCCAAGUUCGAGAUCUCUGUGAAAACGAGGCCAGCUCUGCCUCCAGGCACAGCUCCCCCGGGAAGGAUGCUGCUCCAGACAGUUCUGCACUCCCCACUGCCUCGCAGGGAAGGCGGCCUCCAGCCAGCACAGCAGCGCGGCCCCCUGGGCUCGGUGGAACCUCUGGGUCUGAGACCAGCCGGCCUGCUCUCUUGCCAGCUCCCAGCCCCGGCUUGGCUGCUCGGCCCUCCACUGCCCCAAAGGCGUCUCCGACCAUAGACAAGCUGCCCUACGUGCCCCACAGCCCCUUCCACCUCUUCUCCUAUGACUUCGAAGAUUCACCUCUCCUCACCAAGGACAAGGGAGGAGACUCUCAGACAGAAAACAGAUACAGCAACUUCAGCAACAACUCUUUCCACUCCUCUGGACCCUCAUCUGGACCUAGUGCAUCCCCAUCAUCUGCAUCUGCAUCAUCCUUCUCGUCCCCACAAGAGGCCAGGUCAUCGCCAAGCGGUCUCCUCACAUCCUCCUUCAGGCAGCACCAGGAGUCCCUGGCAGCAGAGAGGGAACGGAGGCGCCAAGAGAGAGAAGAAAGGCUGCAGAGGAUAGAACGGGAAGAACGAAACCGAUUCAACCGAGAAUAUCUAGACAAAAGAGAGGAGCAAAGACAAGCGAGGGAAGAAAGAUACAAAUACUUGGAGCAGUUGGCAGCCGAGACGCACGAGAAGGAGCUGAGAAGCCGGAGCGUGAGCCGGGGCAGAGCUGACCUCUCCUUGGACCUGAGCUUGCCAACAGCCCCUGCCUCACCUUCCCCAUCAAGCCAGAGUCCCUCAUCUGCCGACUCCCAAGAGGCUCUCACAGUGCCCUCCUCCCCGCCCACUCUUCAGUACCCCCAAGUAAGCGGUAAGGACCACGAGCCUGAACUGGAGGCAGAAGCUGGGCAGGGUGCUGAUGAAGCCAGCCAGGAGAUAGCCUCUGCUCACAGGGGAGCAGAGAGCCGGGAAGAGCCGGUGCUGGAGCUGGAGCCUGAAGAAAGAGCCUCACUGAGUGAGAAAGAGAGGCAGAACGAGGAGGUCAAUGAGAGGGACAGCUGUUCCGCCUCCAGCAUCUCAUCCUCCAGCAGCACCUUGGAGAGGGAAGAGAAGGAAAGCAAGCUGCCUGAGGACAGGACGACAGGUUUGUGGUCCACCAGCCUCCAGGAUGUGGGUGUAAAUGGACAGUGUGGUGACAUCCUCACCAGCAAAAGGUUCAUGCUGGACAUGCUGUAUGCCCAUAACAGAAAGUCCACAGAUGAUGAGGAGAAGGGUGAUGGUGAACCUGGGAAGUCUGCGCAGGAGGUGGAGGCAGUGGCCAGUCUUGCCACCAGGAUAUCCACUCUGCAGGCCAACUCUCAGGCCCCAGAGGAGAGCAUCAAGAGAGUGGACAUUGGCUGUUUGGACAACCGGGGCAGUGUAAAGGCAUUUGCUGAGAAAUUCAAUAGUGGGGACCUGGGGAGAGGUUCCAUCUCUCCUGAUGCAGAGUCUCAUGACAAGGUCCCAGACACAACACCUGCACAGCUGAAGACUGAGUCUGAUUACAUCUGGGACCAGCUCAUGGCCAAUCCAAGGGAGCUCAGAAUCCAAGACAUGGAUUUUACCGACUUAGGGGAGGAGGAUGACAUUGAUGUUCUGGAUGUGGAUCUUGGCCACCGGGAAGCCCCAGGGCCACCUCCUCCACCCCCUCCCUCCUUUCUGGGUUUGCCACCCCCACCCCCUCCACCCCUGUUGGACACUGUGCCUCCCCCCCCAGUCCCCGGUAAUUUAUUGGCUUCUCCUGUGUUCAGCACUCCUCAGGGCUUAGGGUGGUCCCAGGUACCCAGGGGUCAGCCAGCAUUCACCAAGAAAAAGAAGACUAUCCGACUAUUCUGGAAUGAAGUCCGGCCCUUUGAGUGGCCAAGUAAGAACAAUCGCCGAUGCAGGGAAUUCCUGUGGUCGAAACUGGAACCCAUCAAGGUGGACACUUCCAGACUAGAGCACCUGUUUGAGUCCAAGUCUAAGGAGCUGUCUGUCACCAAGAAAACAGCUGCAGACGGUAAAAGGCAGGAGAUCAUUGUUCUGGAUUCCAAGAGAAGCAACGCUAUCAACAUCGGCCUGACGGUGCUGCCCCCUCCAAGGACGAUCAAGAUCGCCAUUUUGAACUUUGAUGAGUAUGCCUUAAACAAAGAAGGGAUUGAGAGUAUUAUUACCAUGAUUCCAACUGAAGAGGAGAAGCAGAAAAUUCAGGAAGCUCAGCUGGCGAACCCUGACGUGCCCCUGGGCAGUGCUGAACAGUUCCUUCUCACACUCUCCUCCAUCAGCGAGCUUUCUGCCCGACUCCACCUCUGGGCAUAAAUGGAUUAUGAAACCACAGAAAAGUAGCCGGAAGUGGCUGAACCACUUUUGGACCUGAAGGAAGGAAUAGACCAGCUGGAGAACAACAAGACUCUGGGCUUCAUCCUGUCUACUCUCCUCGCCAUUGGGAACUUUCUAAAUGGAACUAAUGCCAAAGCAUUUGAGUUAAGCUACCUCGAGAAGGUUCCAGAAGUCAAAGAUACAGUGCACAAGCAGUCACUUCUCCAUCACGUGUGCACCAUGGUAGUGGAAAACUUUCCAGACAGCUCGGGAUCUGUACUCCGAGAUUGGGCCAUCACCAGGUCAGCCAAGCCCAUCCCUUCUUGUAUCAUUUCCUGCUUUGACGAACAUACUUUCUCAGGCCUUGUGUGGUACAUACGCAUAGUAUUUCACUCCUUUUUGCUCUUUAUGGGGCACCCCCCUUACGCAAUCCGAGAGGUGAACAUCAACAAGUUCUGCAGGAUCAUCAGCGAAUUUGCACUCGAGUACCGCACGACCAGGGAAAGAGUUCUGCAGCAGAAACAGAAGCGGGCCAGCCACAGAGAGAGAAACAAGACACGCGGAAAGAUGAUCACCGACUCUGGCAAAUUCUCUGGCAGUUCUCCAGCAACACCGAGCCAGCCACAGGGUCUGAGCUAUGCUGAGGAUGCAGCUGAACAUGAGAACAUGAAGGCUGUGUUGAAAACGUCAUCUCCUGCUGUGGAGGAUGUCACCCCUGUGCUCGGUGUCCGCACUCGCAGCCGGGCAAGCCGGGGAUCCACUGGUUCGUGGAAUAUGGGAACUGAUGAGUCACCCAGUGUCCCCGAUGAUGCCGCUGAUGAGAUCAUGGACCGCAUUGUCAAAUCGGCCACCCAAGUGCCCAGUCAGCGAGUGGUGCCACGGGAGAGAAAGCGUUCCAGGGCCAACCGCAAAUCUUUACGAAGGACCUUGAAGAGUGGCCUGACUCCAGAAGAAGCCAGAGCUCUGGGCCUGGUUGGCACGUCUGAACUGCAGCUGUGACUUUUGUAGGCCCUCAGAAGUGUGCCGAGCAGAGAACCCACUCUGGCCAGAUCCACCCCUUUCAGCAGGGGUGGGAGGAGCCUUGAACAUCUGAAGGUUCAGAACUGAGAGCUCAUUGUGGAUAUAACACUUCUUGUGUCACCGCUGUGCAUUGACCCGGAUCUCCAGGAAUCUCCUGCAUGUCCUUUCUUUAUCAGCUCAGCUGUGUUUCUCUUGUUUCCUUGAUGCCUGGUUUAUUAGUUCCAAGUGUGACACCUUUUCUAGGAAGCAGCAGUCCUUGUAAGGGACAAAUCACUUCUGUCAGAGUUGUUAUGAUACCGUGAGGCAAUGUGAUUAGACUCAGAAGCUGGGUCUCCUCCACAACAAAACGUCCAGAUAUAAAUGCCAAUGUUGUACACAAAAGCAAGCACAGAUUGUUUACCAGUUGUGGAUUUUAGAUGUACCAAAUGUUUAUAUAAACUCAUAAAUGUACACCAUGUUUCAACUACUAAAUAAACAGAGUUUAAUGUCA